AUGCCUUACUCACCAAACCUCGCUGCCGAGAACAAGGCCGCACUGGACCACUUCAUCCAGCUGCCUGUUUCUCCAGACAUGAUCUCCUACCUCGCUUCAAAGGCCGCACAAGUCAUCCGUUGCGAACCAUCACAUCUCAACAAGAACCUGCCACCAACACCACCAGCAUCGCCACCCCAGCAUGCCGCCAACCCCUACGGCGAACCUGCCCUGCCAUCUCUCGAAGAGUUCAUCACGUCUCUCGUCGAGAGGUCACAUGUCCAGGUCCCCACCCUCAUGUCUUCACUCAUCUACCUUAGCCGGCUCAAGUCUCGCCUCCCUCCCGUUGCCAAGGGCAUGAGGUGUACUGUUCACCGGAUCUUUUUGGCCGCCCUCAUUCUCGCGGCCAAGAACCUCAACGACUCGUCUCCCAAGAACAAGCACUGGGCCAGGUACAGCGCUGUUCGCGGCUACGAGAACUUUGGCUUCUCCAUCACCGAAGUCAACCUGAUGGAGAAGCAGCUCCUCUUCCUUCUGGACUGGGACCUUCGCAUCAACCCCGAUGACCUCUACUACCACCUCGAGCCGUUCCUGGCCCCCAUCCGCAUCUGGCAGGCACGCCAGGCCGAGAAGGCCAGGGCUGCAGAGCGCGAGAAGGAGCUCGCUCGCCAGCAGUACACCUUCACUCCGGAGCACCAACGGUCUCGUUCAGACUUUUCCACACACAGCGCUUCCAGCUACUCUUCAUACACUCACCUUCCCGCAUAUUCUACUCCAUCAUCUAGGGGUGCGUCGAGGAUGCCUUCGCUGUCGCCCCCAACCCGCAGUUCAUCAGUUUCCACUUCAUCGGAUUCUCCCGUGAGCUUCACAGAAGAGCAUGCCGAAGCGGGCAUUGUUCAGCGCUACGAUGCCGACAGCGGCGCCACAAUUGUACAUAUCAACGCGCCCGUCGCGCACUCGAAGCUCCAACAUUCCCUUCCAUUAUACGACGACAAGGCCACCAAGAAGACAAAGACGUCGGGUGGUUUCUUCAAUAGGAUGUUUGCUGGCGCCUACACUGGCCGCCAAGCAGCAUAUUAG